CUAGAUCGAGAUGGAGGGUUGAGUUGUUGAUAUUUCUUACUCUCAAUAUUCACUGUGAUCUAGAAUACAACUCAGAGUUUAUGAAUUGAUACUUUUUACCGUUUCCUUUUAGUUUGCAUUUCUAAAUUUACACUUCAGGGCCAUCAACUAAAUCAUCUAUGGCAAUUCAGAAAAAUGUUCCUCUUCUUCAUCAUGUUGCUUGGAAAUGUUGUGUAUGUUUCAUAUGGUUCACAAUAUCAGCUGCCCAAACAAACAAUAUUCUUAAGGGCCCCAACAUAACCAAACCAGGAUGUCAAAGCCGGUGUGGAAACCUGACGGUUCCGUACCCUUUCGGAAUCGGCCUGAAUUCGGGUUGUGCAAUCGGAGAACUGUUUGAAGUGAACUGCAACACUUCUUUCAGCCCGUCAGCGGCUUACAUAGGCGGGAUCGAGGUUCUCGAAAUCGGGGACGGUCAGAUUCGUGUGGCCAACAUGUUGGCUACAACCUGUUACAAUGAAACCGGACAUUUAGUCCGUAAAGUCGACGCCUGGAUGAAUCUCAUCACGAGUACAUACAGUUUUUCAACUCUCAACACUUUCACGAUCAUCGGCUGCGAUGAUUUUGCCGUAAUUUCAAGUUCCGGCAACCGGAACUUCUCCAGUGGGUGUGUGUCACUCUGUAACAAAGUGGAAGACGUCCUGAGUGGAUUCUGUUCUGGUAUUGGUUGCUGCCAAACCUCCAAUAUUCCUCCAGGAUUUAAUUUCUUUUAUGCUUAUCUUGGUAGCUUGAAUAAGCAUACCACGGUGUUCGGGUUUAAUCCUUGUAGCUAUGCUUUUCUUGGUGAGCGAGACAAGUUCAUUUUCCGGGGUGCAUCUGAUUUUUCUGAUCCAACUUUUGUCAGAAGAACAAUAGGAAGUGUACCAAUUGUGCUGGACUGGGUGAUUGGAAAUUUGAGUUGCUCGGCAGCCCGGAAAACGAAUGAUUAUGCAUGUCAUUCCAGCAGUUUAUGUGUUGAUUCAGAUACGGGAUUCGGAGGUUAUCGUUGUAGCUGCGCACCAGGUUAUGAGGGGAAUCCUUACCUCGCUCCAGGCUGCCAAGAUAUCAAUGAAUGUGAAGAUCCUAAUACUAAUACAUGUGAGAAGAUCUGUAUUAACACUCUGGGAGGUUACAAUUGUUCUUGCCCGGAAGGACAUUUUGGGGACGGCAGAAAAGAUGGUCGCGGUUGCAUAGCUAAGAACAAAGAGUUUCCAGUCAUCAAGCUUUCACUUGGUUUGGGUUUCGGGCUUUUGUCCUUAUUGAUGGCAGUAACUUGGCUGUAUCUAGGUGUUAAGAGAAGGAAAAUUUUGAGGCUUAGGGAAAAGUUUUUUCAAAAAAAUGGUGGUAUGUUGUUACGCCAGCAAUUGUCCUCCAAUGAAGGCGGAGUAGAAUCGACCAAGAUUUUCACUGCUGAAGAAUUACAGAAAGCCACCAAUAACUAUGCGGAUGAGAGGAUUCUCGGCAGAGGAGGAUAUGGUACAGUAUACAAGGGCAUUUUAUCAGAUAAACGAAUUGUGGCCAUAAAGAAAUCCCGACUUAUGGAUGAAAGCCAAAUUGAACAAUUUAUCAAUGAGGUGGUGAUUUUGACACAAGUUAACCAUAGAAACGUUGUGAAACUUUUAGGUUGUUGUUUGGAGGCUGAAGUGCCGUUAUUAGUUUAUGAAUAUGUCUCCAAUGGUACCCUUUUUCACCAUAUCCAACAUAGUAGAAUGUCAUGGAUGUCUUGGGACAAUCGGUUAAGGAUUGCAGCCGAAACAGCAAGUGCACUUUCUUAUCUCCAUUCUGCAGCUUCAAAACCGAUUAUUCAUAGGGAUGUCAAGUCAGCAAACAUCUUGUUGGAUGAAUAUUACACGGCAAAAAUAUCAGAUUUUGGAGCUUCCAGAUUAAUCCCAUUGGAUCAAACUCAAGUUACAACAUUAGUACAAGGAACAUUAGGAUACUUGGAUCCUGAAUACUUCCGCACAAGUCAACUGACAGAAAAAAGUGACGUCUACAGCUUUGGACUUGUGCUUGCUGAAAUUGUCACUGGGAAAAAGCCACUUUGUAUGGAGAGAAGCGAAGAAGAACGAAACCUCGCAACAUUUUUGAUCAUGUCUAUGAAAGAGAAUCGAUUGUUUCAAGUUCUUGAUCCUCGGGUAGUUCGUGAAGGGACCCUAGAGCAACUCCAACAAAUUGCCGAACUGGUGAAGAGUUGUGUUAGUUUGAAUGGUGCAGAUAGGCCAACCAUGAAGGAGGUUGCCAUGGAACUUGAAGGACUAAAAAAGUUCAAUCUUCGGCAUCCUUGGGCAAAUACUAACCAACAAAAUGGUCAGUAUGAAUCAACUAGAUUAAUGGUCAAUGAGACUGAACCAUUAGAUCUUUACACAGUUCCAUUAAGUCCUUAUUCUGAUAUUCAGCCUCUAUCUGGACAAUACAGCUUGGAUUCAACUGAUUCAGUGUUUCCAGCAUGAACAAUCGACGUUGAUCUGAAAUUUAUCGGAAGGCAUUCCGAACAAACAUUAAUCAUCCUUAAUUAUGAGCUCAACUUUUUGUUUCGGUCAAACCAUGAAUAACGUACUAUUUUUUAAGAUGUCAAUUCCAUGAUCCAAUACUAACGUCUGGUACUUUGCCUAGAGUUUAGGAUAGAGCAAGUUCUUCAAGCAUAUGCCGCGAUUUUAUCGUCAUUAUUAG